AUGGAAUCCAUCGUCUCUCAACUCGUCCAAAUGGAGAAAUCGAGAAAGAAACAAGCGGAAGAAAGAAGAGCGGCUGCAGUCAAUAUAUACGUCAAAAAACAGCCAGCCGUUCUCAUUCUAGUGGCCGAGACUUUGAAUCAAGUCGAUCUAAAGUCAAAAUAUCCAGCAGAAGCUCGUCGGAAACGUGAAGGUGGAAAGAUGACAAGAGAAACGGAAAAGCUAGUCAAAGCGAAAAGAGAACAAGUGAGAAGAGACAAAAUUACGGAUUCUUUGGAUAGUAUGAGGGAAUUCAUCACUCGAAAUAGUCUCGGAGCUGGGUAUUCGAAGAAGUUGGAGCAGUUGACAGUGGUAAAGAUUAUUCUGGAAUACAUUCGAACUCUCCCAGUCAAACAAGCAGAUGCUCAAAAUGUCCCGAAUCCCUUCAGUAUUGCUGCAUUGAUUGCCCCACCCUCCACUCCAUCAUCAGGCCUUCCAACACUUGCUCCUACACCACCACUACCGAAUCCACAGUCUCCUUCCACUCCUGGUCUCCCAGACAUUCUUCCAACUGGAACUGCUUUUUCCUAUUCCCCAAUGUUCAAUUGUCCAUGUUUCCCCACUAUUCCCCCUUUCCAGCCAAUCCUUGACCCUGCUGCUCUUCAAACGCAGUUUCGGUUCCAAAUGAUGAUUCAGAAUCUUUUGAAUCAAAAUAAGAACAACUAA